AUGGGAAGCAUUCAAGUGCCACCAAGAUCAGUUUUGCAAAGAUUCCUCCUGACAGACAAGACGGUGGUCGUGACGGGAGGUGGACGAGGACUGGGACUCAAUUUCGCGAGGUCGCUGGCUGAAGUCGGUGCAAAUGUUGCAGCGAUCGACAUCCAUGAUGAGCCCGAUGAAGAGUUUCAGGAACUUUCGAACUUCAAUGUCAAAGCCGUCUAUUACAAAUGCGAUGUUCGAGACCACGAGACGCUGAGGGAGACCAUCGACCUUGCCGCGAAACAGUUUGGUUCAAUUGAUGGCUGCAUCACAGCCGCUGGAAUCAUGACAAACAAACCAUUUCUGGAGCACACACCUCAAGAUCUGAGCGAUUCAUAUGCGGUUAACCUGAUAGGUACUUUUUCAGCGGCGCAAAUAUGCGCUGAGCAUAUGAUCAAGCAAAAGACAGGCGGCAAUAUCAUCUGCAUCUCCUCAACAGCAGGACACAGAGGGUUGGCUCCGCAGACUGCCACGGCGUAUGUUUGUUCGAAACAUGCAGUCAUCGGCCUGGUGAAACAAGCCGCAGGAGAACUGGCCAAGCACAACAUUCGGAUGAACAGUAUCAGUCCAGGGCCGUUCCUGACCAAGAUGCUCCGAUUGGUAAUGGAGAAAGACCCGACUCAGGAAGAGCGAUUCGCAAGGAGCAACAUACUGAACCGAUUGGCACUGCCAGAAGAGUUGGGGGGCGCAGUAGUAUACCUGAUGAGCGAUGCGAGUAGCUUUGUGACAGGAAAUGACUUUAACAUUGAUGGCGGGUCAGGGUGUCAAUAG